AUUGUGAUGUAACAGCCGCUGUGUAGUCUGCUGCAGGCGGUGCAAGUGGAGGCGAGUGAAGGGCACUAGAAUUGAGGAGGGCGACUAUAGAGACAAAGAUGUUCGUGGCAGCGCUGAUAACGAAGCAAGUGAGACACGCGGCCACCGGUAGAAGAAUAUUACAAGGAUUUCAGAGACAGAGUGAUCGAAAUAAAGUUGGAACUGUAGCAGUGAGGAGCUUCAUUACCUCCGUUGACCCUUCACAUGGACUUACAGAAGAACAAAUCGCCAUACAACAACUUGCAAUUGACUUUGCAAGGAAUGAGAUGAUGCCCAACAUGGCAAUGUGGGAUGAGAAGGAAAUGUUUCCAGUUGAGACCAUGCGAGCAGCAGCAAAUCUAGGUUUUGGGGCCAUAUAUGCUCAAGAAGAGUUUGGUGGAACGGGAUUAAGUCGUUUGGACGCAUCUCUAAUCUUUGAAGCGCUUUCACAGGGAUGCACUUCAACAACAGCUUAUAUUAGUAUUCACAACAUGUGUGCUUGGAUGAUUGACACCUUUGGAAAUGAAUCUCAACGUGAGAAAUGGAUACCCUUGCUGGCGGGCAUGGAGAAAUUUGCAUCGUACUGUUUGACUGAGCCAGGUUCAGGAUCAGAUGCUGUAUCUCUUUCAACCAGUGCUAAGAGGGAUGGAGAUGAUCUCAUUCUCAAUGGUUCAAAGGCAUUCAUAAGCGGAGGUGGUGAUACUGAUGUAUAUCUUGUGAUGUGUCGAACAGGAAGUGCUGGGCCCAAAGGCAUCUCCUGUGUGUUGGUGGAGAAAGGAACACCUGGUUUGCAUUUCGGCAAAAAGGAGAAAAAAGUUGGAUGGAAUUCGCAACCAACAAGGAUGGUAAUUUUCGAGGACUGUAGAGUUCCAGCCACAAACAUUAUUGGAAAAGAAGGUCAGGGUUUCAACAUUGCAAUGAAGGGUCUAAAUGGAGGUCGUAUUAAUAUAGCCUCCUGCUCCUUGGGUGCUGCUCAGGCAAGCUUACAAGCAGCAAUUGAUCAUGUCAAAGUACGGAAGCAGUUUGGAAAGCCCUUAGCAAGUUUCCAGAAUAGCCAGUUUCGACUUGCUGAGAUGGCUACAGAGUUAGUGGCAUCAAGGCUCUUGGUGCGCAAUGCUGCCAGGGCUUUGGAUAAUGAUGACCUUGACACAGUGCCACUUUGUUCAAUGGCAAAGUAUUAUGCAACAGAGAAAUGCUUUAAUAUUAUUAACGAAGCCUUGCAGUUACAUGGUGGCUAUGGAUACCUAAAGGAUUACAGCGUUCAGCAGUACCUGCGUGAUACCAGAGUCCACAUGAUCCUUGAGGGAACCAAUGAGGUUAUGAGACUCCUCAUUGCCCGGAAAGUUCUUUCAGAUUAAAGUGCCAUCUCUACGUAGAUUUCCAUUGUCAAUAAAUUUCAAGUUUAAUACAAUCCGUUAGUAGUUUCAUCGGUUUUCAGCUCAACAGAGGGAGGUUUAUAAGAAGAUUUAUAAUUUUUUUCUUAUAUGAACCAUUACUGUACAAUUACACGUAUUUUUGUGAUAAGGUUGUGUAUUAGGUAGUGAGUGUAAGCUUAUAAAUAAUAUUGGAGUGUUAGUAGUGGUGAUGAGUAGAAUGACGUACACAUAAAAUUGAGUAUGGGUAAUAAUGUGAACUUGGUGUAUGAUAUUUUAGACCAUUAUAAUCAGGUAACCUUUGUGUGAAUUAACUUAUAAUCUACUUGGUGUAUGUUAUUUUUAUAUUUAUGCUAUGAAUUGAGAAAUUCGCUUGUUAAUUUGGAGCAGCUAAAACAACACAGUGAUUUUUUAUUUGUGGAUGAGUGUGUUUAUGCCUUCCAAUGUUUUGAAAAAGUGCCAUGGCCUUUUGGGAACUUAGGCAGUUCUAAUUUCCAACCAACAGGUGUUGCUUUGUUGUAAUACUUGUUAGGCUAAUAUUGGUAUUUUGCAGAUAAGCAAAGCAAAUGAAGUUCCCAUAUUUAUCAAUGUUUAAAUGCAUGGGAUUGUUUUUAUUUAUGUGAAUAUUCAGUAGUAAAGAAGAAAAGGCUGGUAUGGUGGUAAUGUAUUUCUACCCCUUUGAAUAAAUAAAGAUAUAGAAUAAUAGGGUACCAUGCAAAAAAUAUUACUUUAAAUAAAAUUAUACUACCUCCUGUGAAAGUAGCACCUCGGACCUUUUGUUCCAACAGUAAUUUUUAUUUUUAUUUUUAUUUUUUUAUUUUUUUAUUUAUUUAUUUUUUUUUUAAUACUACAAUUUUAAACUGGAUACUGAGUUUGUAUAUUUCUUUCAGUUAGGUAAACAAGGUUGGUGUUGGUAAAUUGGUUCUUUGAAUAGUCAGACUUCAGAAAUGUUGAUACCAUUAAGAAAAUUCAUUCAAUGAUAUGAGGUCCUUCUUAUGAAAGGGCUGUUGAUUCCAGUGGCUUUUAUAUGAUUAUAUAAUGGAAGAUAUCAAAACUCAGUUUAAGUGACAAUUCAGUGUAUUUGUCAGUUGGGAAAUCAAAGAAAAGUUUUUUAUGUAAAUCCCCUUAUUGUAGUUUUCAACUUCAUGUAAAAUGGUCCUUAUAUUAGUAAGUUUAUUUUAUUUGAAAUCACAAUCAGAGAAAUAAAUUAAUUCAUAUUUCAUUAAUGAAGAGCAACUUUUAAUGCAUAUCGUUAUAUUCUUAAAAACAUUCUUGGACUGUAUAAAAUUUUGAUUACUCUGUAAUGCCUAUUUUGUAACUGUAUUUUAAUCAAGUGAACUUAAAUAAUUUUUAAUAUUCUUUCAAUUUUAAUUUAGAACUAAAGCAUCAUAAUGCCCUUGUUGUGAAUUCAGUAGUGGCAUAUAUUUUGUCUUUCAAUGCUUGUAGUUGUGUAUAUAGCAGUGUUGUAAAUAUCUUUAUAUUUAUGAAAACAAGAAUAUAUUUUUAGA